GAGAAGGCUGUUCAAACCAGUGGGGUGGAAGUUGAAUUGAAGUUGUUUUGGUCUUUCAGACCACCACCCAGGCAAAAUGAGAAUCGAAACCUGUUACUUUUGCAGUCGCCCUGCUUAUCCCAGCAAGGGAAUCACCUUUGUGCGAAACGAUGCUAGAGUCUUUCGCUUCUGUCGCAGCAAAUGUCACAAGAACUUCAAGAUGAAGCGUAACCCUCGCAAGCUGAAGUGGACAAAGGCUUUCCGCAAGGCCGCCGGCAAGGAGAUGACUGUCGACUCAACACUGCAGUUCGCCGCCCGCCGCAACGUUCCCGUUCGCUACGACCGAGACCUCAUGGCCAAGACCCUCAAGGCUAUGGAGCGUGUGUCCGAGAUCCGCCAACGCCGUGAGCGCGUCUUCUACAAGAAGCGCAUGGCUGGCAAGCGUGAGCGUGAGCUUGCCCUCGCCCGCAAGCUGGUCGCUGAGAACGAGCACCUCCUGCCCCGCAUGCGCGGCAGCGAGAAGAAGCGCUUGCGCGAUCUGGGCAUGACUGAGGAGGAGAUCGAGGAGAUGGAGCCUGACCGUGAGAAGACCAAGGCCUUCGGCGGCGAGAAGAAGAAGGUCGCCAUUGCGCUCGAGGUUGACGAAGAUGACGAUGACGAUGAGGAGGGCGACAGCGGCAUGUUCGACGAUGAAGACGAUGAGGACGAGGAUGGUGAUGAGGACGAUGAGAUGGAUGAUAUCGAUAUGGAUGCCUAUUGAGUGGGAAAAGUCAUGGGGGAAAGAAUCCGAAAGAGAAAAGUUUUACAUGGCAGAGACAGCGAGAGGUCUACGAGACAGGGCGUUAUGGGUGUUUUUGAUUCGAAGGCAUACCACGGCGUUGGGAUACUAUAGAAAAGCCAUUUUUCUUCGUCAUGAGUUACACACCGACACCAAUUGAUUUGCGAUGUGACUUUGGCGGGAAUGAUUGAUGUUCCAGUAUCCCAAGCCUUAGAAGCCCAAGUUGUUCUUUAUCGUUGCCGCUCUACACACUUUUGACCAAACACUGUUGGUUCCGAAGCUUUUCAGACGGGAGUAGGAAUGAUUGGACAGUUAUUUUAUCUAAGACCAACCGUUGAGGAGAAAAACAGCUGCUGAGCCGGAACGUGCGGGGAACUAGGUAGAUUAGGAAGACAUUGAAGAUCAAGAAUGAGAUCUCAUGACCCAUGCCAAAUUAGGUGAUUGG